GUGCGUGCGUGCGAAAGAGAGGUGGCGAGAGUGAGUGAAUGAGUGAGCGAGAGGAAGUGACUGACUGCCAAAUGCCGGCGGCUUUAGAUUUCUCGACAAUUUCCCACACAAAAAUUCUAAAAUCCCAGUGAUAAAAUAAGGAAAUAGGAUUCAAAAAAAUGCAGGGGCAGGAGCAGGAGAUGGAGGUGGACGUGGACGUGGCGCAGGCCACGGAGGCGUCCAAUUUGCUGCAGCUCAUCAAGCAGCUGCUGGUGGAGAAGGCCUACGACGGCGUGCGAAUGCUGUUCCAAAGCGCCCAGGAGGCGGAGCGGAACAUGCGGCUGCUGUCCCACAUAGCCAUGGACCUCUACCACGACGUGUGCUUUGUGAACAUCUCCGACGAGGUCAACUCCCAGGAGCCGGAGCUCUUCGACUGCUCCGACGAGCUGCUCAAGCUGCUGGCCAGGUUUGCUCCUCUGCAGGAGCUCAUGCUGGAGGUGAUGGAACGCCUGGAGGAGAGCAGCAGCCUUAAUGUGUUCGGCGCCUAUCUGAGGGCCCUUCAAGUGGUGCUCCAGCGACAGGGACGCGACAAGCCGCAGGCGGUGGAGUGGUGCCUCCAGAGCGUCUUCACCCGGAUAAGGGACUUGCCCUUGCCCAAAUACCUCUCUGAGGGCUAUGAUGAGCAACAGGCGCGUCUUAUAGAGCAGAACGAGCAGGUGGAGGACAUGCUUGCCCACUACAUCACCGUGGGUCUCUUUCGCCAGCCACUUUGCUCCGAAAUCCUGCGUAAGGAUGUGCGUGCUCCUGACCAAAUCUUCAGAGACUGCAGCCAGAACCGGCGCAACGUAUUCGCUUGCUUCUUCAUCCAACUCCUGGGUCGUCCGUUGGCUCUGCUGGAGAUGAGCCAUGUCAAGGAGGACCUCACACGCACCUAUGUACAACAGGUGACGGAUAGCCUCAGCAAAGAUGCCAGCCAAUUCCUGGGGGAUCCCUUCCUUCUGCUCAACCUGGUGGAACAACGUGCCCGUUGGCUGCGCAAACUGGAUGCCUCGAAGGGCGUCUACGAGAUGAGCUGCCGGAAUGUGUUCCUAAUCGAGGAGAAGCUGCCGCUGCAUGCUGUGGCCAUGUACUAUCAUUCCCUCUUCGUGGGCAACCAACUGCCCGCCAACGCACCCAGAAUAUAUGCACCGCUGUUCCUCUUCGAAACGAGUGCUUAUCUGGCGGAAGUGCUGCUCAGGCAGCAGGAGCCACCACUGCAGUAUUGCGGCCUCCGAUUGGUGGAGAAUCUUUUGGGCACCUUGAUUGAGCCAGUGCCCGCCACCUCCCUUCAGCUGGAUGUGCACAAGCGCUUCUGCGAGGCCUUGUGCAAGAUUGUGGGCUACUCGCCGCAAGUUGCCCUCCGUCAGCUGGGACUUCAUGUGCUGCGUCAGUACAUACUGGGCUUCAAUGACCAAGGAAAGUACCUCAUCCUCAAGAAUCUGCUGGAGACGCUGCAGCACGACGGUCUGAUGGGCUACCUUGGCGGAAUGUACAAGGAUCUGGUGGAUAAGGCACUAUCUAAAUCCGGACCAAUGCCAGAAGUUUAUAGCGGCAAGAUGUUCCGCGAGAUGUUGCUGCUGUGCGUCUGUGUGCUGCCCCACGACGUCAAAUCCGAUCUUCUCCUGCACUCCGAUCGCUUGUGUCAUGCUCUGAAUAUCCUGCGCUACUUUGCGGUGAGGGAUAAAGCGGAUGUGACUGGAUUUUGGCAAGCUCUGCCGGAUAUAACAAGAAUAUUGCUAGAUCCCCUCGGCAAGGCACUGAACUUUUCGAUGGCCCACUACAAGGCGUACAAGGAGCGCGUGGAAAGAGGUCAGAGUGCUUCGGACGAUGAACUAAUGCAGCGUCAACUCAACAUGCUAGCCGUGAACAUAACCAACAGCGGGAUGGCCGGCGGCGACGGGGACAGCCAUCUGCCGGAUAUUGGACGCCAGGAGAAGCUCGAUGUGCUGGCCAGCUCCAUUACCAGCCUGGAAACACUCCAAUCCUUAUAUCUGCGCGCCAGCGAGAUCAUCGAACAAUCGAGCCGUCUUCGUCGGAACGCCACUUCAUCGGAUGCCUAGCUUGCAUUUUGUCCACAAUGAAAGCGAAAUGAUAACGUAAACUUUGUGUGUAAACAGAACCGAAAACGAAAUCGAAA